AUGUUUGGGCUACGAAGACAGACAUUUGGGUUCUUUGUACGACCCGUAGGUUUGCUGGACGUGCGCCGAGAUCUGAGCUGUGCUGUUGUUCGUCGAAAUGAUAUUGAUUCGUCAGAGUUCCCCGUCAACCCAGCCUGGACAGAUCGUCAGGCACUUUUGCGAAAAAUGCGGUCGAUCUACAAAGGACACUACAAUGAGUCCAUUUUGGCAAAAAAUGGACUCACAUUGAACGAUAUGGAAAUGUUUGACAAAAACUGGCGUGUUCCCUCAGACGAAGCCAAACAGUACUGGAACAAUAAUCUUCGCAGAUUGGACGAAGUUUCUUGGAGGUCCUCGCCUGUUCCUUCCGAUGAUAAGUCACCAUCAUGGCUUGAGAAGCUGUUUUCCCCGCAUACACAUCUUGAGAACCAGAACCGAAUAGAACAGCUGUAUCGAUACUUCACGCAUUUGAUCGAUAGUCCGCGAACCGUCUCGGCAACGAAUUCUGAUUUCUAUCAUGACGAGCUGUUCAAAUACGGCCAAGCGCUUAAAUCCGCAUCAAAUGUUAGUUUCACCGGAUCGCGCCUGUUUGAAUUCUGCGAGAAAUACAUCAUGUUGAACGAAAUAACAUCGCAUUCCCAAAUCGUGCUUAAAAGAUCAGAAAAGCUCAACAAAGUUGAUCCCUACGAGCUUCCGGGGGGGAUUUUGAAC